CUCGGCAGGGCCUGCCAAGGGAGAUAAGAAGGAUGGCUGCAUUCCUAGAGUUAUCCCUUGAUGAUAAACUUGUUGAUGAGAUAGCUAAAGCUGCCGGCUUUGACGCGAUGAAGAAAGUUUACGAUACGAAAAACCCCAUCUCUCGCAAGCUAUUACGAAAAGGCCAAGUAGGCGACUGGAAAAACUGGCUGACUGUGGCCCAAAGUGAGGCCAUUGAUGAAGAGAUGAAAAAGUUGGACGGGACACGUUUUGCGGAUCAAAUAUAUGUGUUGUGAUUAUCUGAAUAAAUUAAAUAAAAAUAAAUAUU